AUCAUUUCGCUCAAAUUAAAUUGAAUUUGAGUUUGCAAGUGUUGAUAAACCAAAACCACACCAUUGCGCAGGAUCGCUGUCCUCUCACUAGGCCACUCUCGCGUUUUUACUCCAAGUGAACCCAACAACCAUCAAUGAAUACUGUUGCGGGGAUUGCUGGUUCCUUGAAUCGAUCUAAAGCUUUCGAAUACUGUUAGUGGUUUAGAGUGGCCAAAGGGGACGAAAUGGAUCUCGAGGAAACCGAAGAUCACUGGGCUUUUCUGGAAGAAAUUGAAGCUCCAAUGUGGAUUGAUCUUACAUUAGAAGCGAAAUCCAUGAACAAAGAAUUUGAUGAUGAGUGGUUCCACACUAGCCAUCUGUUCCAUCAAUAUUCCUCCUGCCAGUUGAAAUAUGCUUUUUCUCAUUCUUCUGUGGGGAAUUCAGAGUCAGAUUUUGACAUAUUGGGAGCAACAUCACCAGGGCUUCCAUCCUCUGUCUCUAGAUCAAGAGGCAAAAAUUACAGAAGCCAGAAUUGGGGGGCAAAGAAUUGUGAUCCUCCCUUAGACAAGAAGCACCCAAUCAAGAAUUUAAGAAGUAAUAAGUCAUGGUUGGUUUCAGGCCGGUGUGAGGUAAGAAGGCUUAAAUCAAGCAGUGGAAAUUCAAAAGGAGUUUGUAGCUCAAAAUCCAGUUUGGUUUGUGAAAGCAGAAUCCAGAACUUGGGAGCAAAGAAUUGUGAUCCUCCUUUGAAUAAGAAGCAUCCAAUCAAGACUUCUAGUAGUAAAAAGCCAUGGGUGGAUUCAGGAAAGAAUGAGAUUGGUAAAUCAAGCAGUGGAAAUUCAAAAGGAGCUUGUAGUUCCAAAUCCAGUUUGGUUUGUGAAAGCAGUUUGUCUGGUGCUAUCAUAUCAAAUUGCACCAGGCAUAUAUGCAGUUUUGGUGAUUUGAAAGCUAAUUCAAGUUCUGCAGCAGUAACAGCAAGUGAAAGCAAUUCAGCCAGCACUGUUACAUCUGAACACAGUCUGCAACACCAUCAGAAGUUUUUGGAGGUAUCUAGUCGAUCAUUUGAUCAUAAAAAUGGGCUCCUGUCAGCUUUGAAGAUAAGCCUUAGAAAAAGUUGUGUCACAAGACAAGCAGCAAGAGUGGAGAUUGAGGAUAACCGGCAAUCAAAAGGCCGUAAGUCUUCUUCAGGCAAGUCCAGCGUGGGCUCCUGUUCAAGUCUUGGUUAUGAUGUUAAGAACAUGGCAUUCAAAAGAACUCUAAACAAAGAACGGAUCUCGGGAAAUAGUAAUGCUAUGAGAAUAUCUCAAGCAGCUAAGAACAAAGUAAAAGUUUCUGGUCUGUCCAAGGCUUCUACCAAUCAAGUUGAGGACAGGAUUUCAAAUUCUAGGAGGGGCAGUAAAACUAUCGUUACAAAGUUCACCCACAAGGAAGCUGCGAAAUCAAAGGUUCUACAUCAAGCUGUUUAUAGGAGAGCUUUAGUGCUGCAUGAAUUCAACAAACAAGAUCCACUGACUGCUGCUACGAAAGAGAAAGAGAAGGGGGCAGUUGGCAGAUCCAAUAGAUUGUCAUGUAGUGGAAAAGAGAAUGCACUAGGGAAAAUGGCUGUGAUUCAGAAAUCAUGCAACAAAGAUGCUUCUGCUGUUGGCAAGGUUUGGUGCCAAAGAGUGACAAAGCAAAGUGUAGUGCAAAAGAGUGGGAAAACUGGAACAGGAUUGAUUGGUUCAAAGGGAAAAAUUAAUGGUGAAUGGAAAGAACCAAUGAAUGCAUGUAAGAAGACCUAUCUUCGAUAGAUUAGCAGUGCAGCACCAUGUGUACAUAUGAUGUAAUCCACCUUUUUCUAAUUCAUGCCUAAGAGGAAACAUGCUGUGAAACAAUGAGAGAGUAUAUUCCCAUUUUUGGAUUCUGGCUGUAAACAUUUGGCCAUUCUUAUGGCUGCCACGGCCUGGGAAUGCAUCAGAUGAAUAGAAAUUCGCUAUAUCCUUUUGGAA